AUGCGAGUUUUGUUGACUCUUUGGGGCACUUUGUGCCUGUGGACGAUCGCGGCGAAUGCACAAGGAUUUAUUCCACCCAAUGCGGUGCAACAUAAUGGACCGCCGCAUCCGCAUCCGCAUCCCCAUCCAUUCCAUAAUGGCCAUCGUCGUCAGCUGAAUCUGCAGCAGCAAUAUAAUCAACAGAACUUUGUGCAAGCUGGCGUGGAGCUACCCAUUCCUCCGCAACAGCAGCAUCGUCAGCAGCAUACACACCAUCAUCAUCACCACCCACAACAGCAGCAGCACCACAUCCAGCAGCCACAUCGCUUCUCGCAGCAAUUCCCGCAGCAGCAACAAGUGCAACACCAGCAGCAACAGCAAACUCCUCACAUUAAUCAGCAGUUCCAGCGCUCCACGCAAACCCAACUGCAAACUGCGCCACAGUACCCGCAAGCACCACUGCAACAGCAACAGCAACAGCAGCAGCAGCAGCAACAGUUGCCCUCAACUGCCAGCAAUCUUGACCUGCACCAUCAGAACUUUUUGGAUUUGCGCAACUAUGCUAGCUCGCAGCAGCAACAGCAGCAGCAGCAGCCCCUGCGCCACAAGCAAUUUCCUGACUCACGACUACAAUCGACAGCAUUUCCAGCUCAGGCUUAUCAGCAGCAGCAACAGCAGCAGACACUGCCACAGCAACAGCAGCAAUUUACUUACCAGCAACCCCAACAGUUUGGCCAACAGACCACACAGAAGCUACCCAGCCUAGCGCCCGUGCCCACUUUCCAGACGUUGCAGCAAUCGUCGUUGAACUAUCAGCAACAACAGCAGCAGCAGAUACAGCAGCAGCAGCAGCAGCUACAGCAGUCACAACAGCAACAACUGCAGCAACCACAGCAGCAGCAACAGCAAUAUGCAUUGACACCACAGCUGGGUCUGCCUUUGCCGCAAAUCUUUAACAAUCUGCCUUCGACAGCUUUUCCUGCUCAGCCCUCUCGUGAGACUUUCCAACAACAGCAGCAGCAACAGCAACAACAGUUCCCCCAACAACAACAUCAGUUCAUCAGCAAUGGACCGCAGGCGCAGCCAGCCGAUCAGGAAUACAAACAGAAGUUGAUACAGAAACACGAGCAAUUCGUGGCGAAGCAGUACGAGAAGUCGCAGCACAAGGUGCGCCAACAGCACGAGGAGUUCGUUGCCAAGCAACAUGCCAUCAAGCAGCAUGUUCUGCCCACCAUCAUUAGCCAGCAUAACAACUAUCCACCACAGCCACAGUAUGUGCAACCGCCACGUGGCCGACCCGUUGCCCAUCCCACGGAAUACAACCAAUUCAACAGCGCUCUGCAACAAUAUUACAAAGAGCAUCCUACAACAACCACCACAACCACUACAACCACCACCACCACCACAGAGGCUAGCACCACGCCCAAGAAGAACAUCUACUCCCAAGUCAAGGCGGAGCUGGGCAAGUAUAGCACCACGAAGCUGGGCAGCAAAAAACCCGUGAAGACAAUUGCACGCGAGGAUCUGCUUAAGCAGCUGAAGGCGGCUUUGUCGGAGGCGCCUCAACAGCCACUGACCGGCAAUAAGACGUACGAUGAAAUGGAUCUGGUGCUGCCUAAUGGUCAGCGUGUGCAGGUCAUACGCACCACUGACCCAAACCUCGUGCAAGGACAACAGGCCUAUUCUCAGGAUCAGCUGCAGGCGCUGCUGGCACAGCAGGCGCUCGGCACGGAAGCCAAGCUUAGUCUCAGUGAUGUGGCGCCAAGCAAGAGUAAGGAUCUGGUGCUGCCCGGCGGUGGCAAGGUGCAAAUCUUACGCUCACCCGAUCCACAGGAAUCAGAUACGCUACCCACUCAAGCACUGCCCGGCGGAGUUGACUUAUCCAGCCUGGCUGCACUGUACGGCGGUGGCGCUGGUGAUAUCCAGGGCGUGACAAACGGCGCCAACAGUAUUGCCAGCUCAGCGGUCAUCACCUCCGAUUCGGAUAGUCCACCCACACUAGAGGAGCUAGCGAAACGUGGUCUCAUACCCGAUGGCUAUGAAAUCGAGGGAUUGAGCUCGGACUCUGGCAAAGCCACGCCAGCACCGCCCACAGCACCACCCAAGAAGAAGGCAACAUAUGUGUAUCUGGAGGAGCAGGCCGAUGGCAGCUUUAAGAUCCAGGGCGUCAAGGCCAACGGCGAGAAGGAGACCAAGCAAACGGGCGCCGAGGUCGAGAGCAUUCUGGAACGCAUUCGCAGCGGAGAGAUUAAGCUGCCUCCAUCUGUCUAUCGCUUGACACUACCCAACGAUGAGGUCGUCGAGAUUAAGAGCGGCAAGAUUAUACAGACCACCACUACGACAACGACGCGCGCACCACCCAGCACAACCACAGCUAGAAUAGUCUAUACAACGACCUCCACGACUCCAGCGCCCUUCGUCUCGAGGAACACGCCCAGCAAUCAUCGCCAGUAUCAUCCAUCGCGCACAUCCACCACAACCAGCACCACGCCCAUCAGCACUACCAUCACCACCAGUACGCCCUAUACGCCCCGCUUCACGGGUCUCUAUGAGAGCAGCAGCACUGCUAGCGCUGCUGCCGCCAGCUUGAUACGCACCACGCCUGGACCCGUCUAUCACGCUUCACCUGUCACUCAGUCACCGUAUGUGGGCGGCGUCUCCACACAUCUGCCGGUGGUAACGGAGCGUCUGUCGGACAUUACGCAGACGCCAGAGCAACAGACGCCCCCACAAUAUGCCGAUGCCUUAGUGCAGGAAACUGAGAAUACAGAGAAGGCUGCCUCCACAGGUGGCGCGUCGGUGCUCUCGAACCCCAGUGAGGAUCUGCUGCAGAUACUCAAGAGCAAUGGACUUUUCGCCAUGGCCAAAUAUCUGCGUCAAAGCGGCCUGGACAGCAUACUCAACGAAACGGGUCCCUAUACGAUCUUUGUGCCCACCGACAAGGCCUUCAAGAAUCUGCUCGUCCAGCUUGGUGGACCCGAGCGGGCCGAGGAGAAGUUCCAAUCGAAUCCUCGACUGUUGAGUGGCCUGCUUUUGCAUCACGUCAUUCCUGGCGCCUUUGAGAUCGCCACUUUGCAGGACGAGAUGACGGGCGUGUCCUUGGCAGGCACACAGCUGCGCGUCAAUCAGUAUAAUAUGCACGAUCAGGAGUGGAACGAUGUUACUCUCACCACCAUUAAUGGAGCAAUGGUUGUGCUGAACAAGAAGGACAUUAAGAUACCGCAGGGCGUGGCACAUGCCGUGGAUCGUGUUAUGUUCCCCCUGCCCGUGGGCGAUUUGCUGCAGACAUUGCAAUCGGAUCGCGAGGGUCGCUUCUCGAACUUCCUAAAGAUUUUGUACACCUCUGGCAUGUCCGAGAAAUUGCAAGGCAAGGGUGUCAAGACGUACACAGUCUUUGCGCCGGUGGACAAGAGCUUUAGCGAACUGGACUCCGAUACGCUGGAGAAGCUGUACACAGACAAGGAGGCAGCCGAACAGUUCGCCAUGAAGCACAUUGUGCCCGGGGCACUCUUCUCGGCCGGCAUGCGCUUCUAUCAGGUGAAGGACUCGCUGUACACCGGCAAAACGGUUGUGCUGCAAAAGACCUCAGCUGGCAAGAUCAAGGUGAACGAUGCCCAGAUGGUCACCUCCAACAUACCAGCCACAAAUGGUGUCAUCCAUGCAUUGGACGGCGUGCUGGCGUAGAGAAGCUCGAGCCUGCGACUGCAGCCCCGCUUUGAUAGUGGGCAUUGGUUUUCUGUUGCAGCUUCUUAGUCGAUUAAGUUUUUUUGCGUAAUUUUUGUUUUGGUUGCGUCGACCAAACUUUUCGGGGGGUAAUUUUCUUUGUAGUUUACAUACGAAUCAGCAGCAAAUUGUUAGUGAAAUCUUGCCACAAAUAUCGCGAUCGUCUACAGAAUUGGUGCAACAACAAUAAUAACAACAACGAAAUAUUAGCAGAAAACAAAAAGUUUUGGUGCUUCCAUUAAGGUUAUUUCUGUAUUUUCUUCUUUCGCUUUCAUAAACAGUCAUUAAAAAUAGAAAUAGUUUAA